UCGCGAUUAGAAGAAGAGAAAGAAAGAUAAAACGAUAAAAAAGAAAAGAAGAAAGACGGGAUGGGACAGGUAUUCAAAUUUAGAAAAAUGUCAAUAGGUUUAAUUGUUUCUCAUUCCUCCGAAUGAAUCCAGCGUGAAAGAUCCAGUUUGUGCUCGAGGGCCAACACAGAUUAUUGACGUAGUCUUUGAGGUUCAUUGGCAUCGGGAAGUCAAAUGUGUUUCGAUACAGAUUCGUCUGUCAUAAUCACAUUUCAACCCCCCACGAGCAUCAUUCGUAUAAAAGUUCGUAGCUUGAAACUCUCAGAGCACUUCCACAGAAUACAGCUAACAGAAACAAUACUUAUACUUGCAAUAAUACAGGUAAAAACAGUAUGAUAUCGAGAAAGUGUGUGAUAAUUUUAAUUAUGAUGAUGGGGAUUGUAUACCAAACAUUUGGAACAACUGAAGAUUCUUAUAGAAAUUUGUUGGCAUUAAACUUUCCAUAUGACAGAGGAGUGAAUAACGACCUACAAAGGAUUGCAAAACUAUUACUAUUGCCACCAUGUCUUUGUCAUUCUAAACGUAAUUCUGAACUCAUAAACUCACUUCUAGGUCUACCGAAAAAUAUGAACAAUGCUGGAAAGUAG